UUCACCAUCUAAUGUUCCCACAUUAACAUAUAAAAAAGAUUCUUCUUCUCCUCCUUUUGAACUGUAAAAUAAUUCACUUUAAAAAAAAAAAAAAUUCUUUAGUUAAAAGUCUUAUCAUUACUUUGCCUCUAACUUUUCUCUUUUGUCAUCUUCUCUUAACCUCCUCCUUCCCUCUGUAAGAAAAAGUCACUAGCCUUCUCUUUCCUCAUUACUUUACCACUUUGAUUGAUCAAUCAUUCAUUGCUAGCAGCUCCCUUCUUGUACCUCUGCAAAUUUUCCUGAAUCAGUUUCCUUUUUGAAGCAAACAAAACCCAAAAUUGGUUAGCUGCUUGCUUACAUUUUCAAGGGAACACUGAUUCUAAACAAAGUUUGGUCCUUUUCCCCAGAAAGAAGCAGCUUUCUGUCUUCUUCUGAAACCAGAAUCUAGUUACUUGAGAAUUGCCAUAGAUAUUUUCUUGAAACCUCCACUCAAGUUUUGAGAUGGAGAAUCAAAGGGAAGAAAGCAUAAAGUAUGUAGCUUUGGGACAGAGCGAUGAUCCCUUUGGCAACGAAGGAACCAUUGGCGAUCUCCUCGUCGGCAGAUUCUGUAACCCUCAAGAGCCCAUCUCACCAUAUCCCCCUGGGAUCCUCCGAUUCCCUCCUUAUCCGGGUCAAUUCGGGUCGCAAGACAGCAACAAGAGCUCGCUGUUGGAUCCAGAUUUAGAUCGAGUUCAGACAGCCAAGCCAAACUCCAGGAAGAGAAAGUUGAUCCCUUCUGCUUCUGCUUCUGCUUCUGGAGGUAAUGGCAAGGACUCUCCAGCUUCUUCCUCUCUUACCGCUUCCAAUUCUAAGGUGUCAGGAGAGAUUGUUGGAUCCAAGAGAAGCAAGCAGGAUGAAGCUGGAAGCAGUAACAAGGAUGAUGCAAAGCCUCCUGAGCCACCCAAAGAUUACAUUCAUGUUCGAGCUCGAAGGGGUCAGGCAACUGAUAGCCACAGCCUCGCUGAAAGAGCAAGAAGAGAGAAGAUCAGCGAGAGGAUGACUUUGCUUCAGGAUCUGGUUCCUGGUUGCAACCGUAUAACUGGGAAAGCCGUUAUGCUUGACGAAAUCAUUAACUACGUGCAGUCCUUGCAGAGACAAUUCUUGUCUAUGAAGCUGGCUACUAUAAAUCCAAGGAUGGAGUUUAACCCUAGUGCUGCUUUAUCCACAGAGAUGGUUCAACCGGGAGAGGCACUAACGCAGUCUCUAUACUCAAUGGCUUGCUCAGAGCAAAGACUUCCAUCAGCAUACUAUUCUCUUGCCAAGAACAUGCCUAGAUUCUCAGACACUCAAUUCCACUCCACCGAUGCAUUUGUUCAAGCUGAGACACAGGGAUUCUGGGAAAAUGAUCUUCAGAGCAUUGUUCAGAUGGGUUUUGGAGAUGUUCAGCAACAGAGCAACAACAACAGCUGUUCUGAGCCAACACUACAGAUGAAGCUUGAGCCAUGAUUAAGAAGGUGUUUGUUUAUUGUAUCUCUCUGUACAUACAGAAACCAAGUAGUGAUGGGUACGGAGUGAAACAUGUGGGAACUAAUGUUUACUAUCGUCUCUUCUUUGCUUGCUUGUGCAUCUGUUGAUUUCUUCUCAACCCAAAGAAAGAAAAAUGAGUCUCCAUUUUAUUAUGUAAAAACGACAAGAAUCUUUUCUGGACCAUCUCUGUAUUAUUUUACAUCUAUGUAUUAUGUAUUGUUGCUGAACUAGUAAGAAACGGUAGUAUGCUUGUCUUAA